CCCAUGUGCAUUUUGCGCCUGGGGCUGCCAACCCCCAACUUUCCUGCGACCAUCCGGCACCGCUCUUCCUGCGCAUUGCUCCUCUGUUGCUCCACCUCCACAUUCCGGAUUUCUCCAAUCAUCAUAUCGCCGCCUCUCGCCAUUAUCAUCGCCUGUUCAGGUCCAACAUCUCAGCCACGACCAGAUCCAUCCUGAACCCACGAUGUGCAUCAUCUUCUUCACUCUAAACCAUCCCGUCUACAAACUGGUCAUCGCCGCGAAUCGAGACGAAUAUAUAACUCGCCCUGCUCGUCGAGCCGGGGUCUGGCCGCAGAAUCCGCACGUUAUCGGCGGCAUCGACUUUGGAUUCAACUUCCCCCUCAAGGCACCUCCCAGCCAAGGCUCCUCAGCAACGGCGACGGCAGCGGAAGCGACGGCAGAAACCAAAGAAGCAGCGUCGCCCGAUGUCACUUCGCCUGGUGGCGACCCAAACGGAACCUGGCUCGGCGUUACCACCGACGGCCGAUUCGCUUUCAUCACCAACUAUCGCGAGCCCCCGCAUCUUGUUUCGACUAUAGCCCAGUCGCGGGGGCAUUUGGUAGGUCGGUUUCUGACGGCCGAACCAGAGCAGGCCGCGUCCCCAGAGGAGUAUCUGACCCGGCUCUCUCCCGAUGCCCAUCGAUACAACGGCUUCAACUUGGUCGUUGGAGACAUCCACGGCUCCAUGUUUCACAUCAGCAACCGCAAAGCUGGCCAGUCUGGCCAUGCGGUGUGGAAUUCGCCGGCGCCCAUUCCCCUGGCCAACUCGGCUGUCUAUGGCAUGAGCAACGGAAUGCUCUUUCCCGACUCGGACGAUGAUGUAUGGCCCAAAGUUCGAAAGGCCAAAGCCGAGGUCGAGGCCCUGCUGUACCCAACUGAUCCUUUAGUCGGCUGCGAAUCGCAGGAACAGCUGAUUGAGAAGCUCCUCGACGUUCUGAGCGACACCGCCCAGGUCGAGUCUGCAGAGCUGCUUCCCAAGCGUAUGUUCAACUACAAUCUAGAGCGACUGCUCUCGGCCGUGUGUAUCGACCGCCGGUGCAUGCCCAACCAAAGCUACGGAACAAGAACCCAGACCAUCGUGCUCAUCGAUCGAGAUGGGAAUGGCACCUUUGUCGAGCGAGAUCGAUACAAGGUCGUCGUUGACGAGGCCACGGGACAGGAGAGCAUCAUCGAGGGCAAUUUCACCGAAAUAAUUCGGUUUACGGCGGCUUGAUCGAUCCUAUGAACAGGUGUCGAUGUCGGACCAAUUCGAUUGGUGAAUCCAGCCGCCGAGAAGCAAGCAGCCACUAAAUUCAAUGGCGCUGUUCACAAAACAGCGUAGCACUUUGAUGAGUGCCGGAAAGUACAGCUUGUUCAGAACAAGACGGGACAGCGGUGUUCCUGAGCGUUCGGCACAUCAACGACUAAUUGUUGUUGGCUUUGAGGCACUGUCUUGAAUAUAUCUUGUGGAUCUCUUUUGGCAACGAUCGACUUGCAUCGUGAGCACACUUGGCCAUGAUGGACGAUGUAUUGGGGUGUAUUCCGGACCCAGAAAGUGAGAGCCUGACUCAAUGGGGCAUCUCGUUUCAGCAGAGACCCGCUGUAACGAGCUAUUUGUUCAACCUCACAGUGUGUUUGAGCACGCUGGCAAUCAACAUUAUCUGCUCCGUG